UCUGUCAUCUGGGCUGCUUCCAGUGUGUGAUGAUGCUGGGCUGGCUCUGGUAUCUGAAGCUGCUAUGCACAGCACUCAUGGAAUACGAUGAUCAAGUUGUCUGAGUCCAAGGUCACUAGAACAAGAAACCCCAGAAAAGGACUCACAUCCUCCUCACCAGCACCAGUAUCACCAGCAGCAGUGUAUCAUUGCAGGGGGCUGCAGGCUGCAGCUCUCCAGUCCUCACCUCCCCUCCCUAUAGACUCCUGAUGAAGAUGUGAGCUGGGCUGGCUGGUGACACUUCGGAAGUGUGUGCAUGCUGCAGUGUGCCUGCUGCCCCGGCGCUGCAGCUGCAGAGCGGAGAGGAUGGUGCAGUGCUUCCCGCCGGAGGGCUCCCUGCUGAUCACAGCGGUGCUGCUGUGGGCUGAGCUGCUGCAGGAGUCCCAGGCGGGCUGGAGCUGCGGGGAACUGCUGUGCGGGGAGAAGGAGGGCUGCUGUGUGUACGGGAACGUCAGCCACACGGAGAUCCGAUGCUGCCGGCUACCCUUCCACACUUUCCUGGACAACGUGGGCUGGUUCGUCAGGAAGCUCUCCGGGCUGCUCAUACUGCUGGUCCUGUUCGCCAUCGGCUACUUCCUGCAGCGCAUGAUCUGCCCCAGCCCUCGCAGGUACAGCCGCCAGCAGCAGCGGGGGCAGAGCGGGGGGCCGGGGCUGCUGAACGAGACCAGCUCCCAGGACUCCCUGAUAGACAGUGUCCGGCACCUGUCCGAGCAUGAGCUCCGCAUCAUCUCCUCCCCGGUCUUCCUGCAGCUGCCCAGCUAUGAGGAGGUCAAGUACUUGCCCACCUAUGAGGAGUCCAUGAGACCCGGCCAGGUCAUACUGCCGGUGUCCCAGAUCCCAGCCCAGGGAGAAGAUAUAGGGACAGGAGCCUUGCCUCCUUAUACACUGUAAACUGGCGACCACAUAUACCAUAACGCAGACCCCUGCUGUAUGUCCAGUUGCUCCAUCUAUUUUGUAUUCCAUUACCGUCUCUUGCUCAUUGUCCUGCAAUGCCCCCUAUCUAAUCAUGUACUUUCAGUUAUAGCACUAGUACCAGCUAUAUCAGGAACCUGUGAGGCUUUAGCUCUUGUGGAACUACAACCUCCAGCCUGCCCUGCCAGCCUCUUUCUGCAUGGGCAUUCUGGGCUUAUAUUUUGCCGACAAGAGAGACACAGGUUAGCUGUAUUCUGCAUCAUGGCUGAAGGUAAAAGCACUGCUUAUACUAUGCGUUCUUCAUCCAUAUAUCUGACUGGUGUCUAAUAUAGGGACUGCUGUGUAGUCUAGCUAUAUACACUGAUGAGUAUGGUGCACCUUAAAGAGUAAAUAAUCAGUUUACUGAACUAGACUCUAAAGGGCUGUGUGUGCCUGGAUGAGGGAAAAAUAUAAUACUUGGGUUUUAUCUUAAAAUACCCACAAAAACAAUUGAGCUUCAUAUGAAUGUGUUGAGUAACAUACAGAUGUGAAUAGACAGCUAUUUUGAAUAAGCCUCUGCCUCACCCUUAACUACUUACACAAGUUGUACGCUGCAGUGGUAAUGCACUGCCUGUCUGUUAUCCAUUCUCUCUAGUUUCCAUGUGUCUACAUUGCAGGACGGAUCCUUUUUAUUCGAAUGGGGUUUCCGUUAAUCACCUCAUCUGACACUGCUGUGUAUAAUUUAAAUACCUCUCGUCGCCAAACUGCAGUUUUACUCUAGAUUAUUCUUGGCAGCUAAUGGAUUAUCUCUUCUCUGCAAUCUCUUGUCUGGACCUAUUUUAUAUACUCAUUCAUUGCCUACUCUUGUCCUGUCUGGAAUGCAACCCAUAUCUUCAUUUAUAAAAAAAAACAAGAUGGAUGUGUAUGCAUCAGGUCGUACCAGUCCUGCAUCUGCCUUCCACAUUUCUGGAGAAGAAGUUGGAGAAUCUGCUGCUUUAACUCUUUCUCUUGUUCUUAUGUUGGAUGCAAGACUCAGCAUUCAGCCCUCUGCGAUACCAACCCCUGGCAGAAGACUUUUGUCCUUUAUAGGAUAAUCAAUAAACUCCUAGAUAUCAAUUUGCUAGAAACUCCUGGAAUUGGACAAGAUUCCAGAACAUGAGCAAUGAUUUAACCUACAUCGCAUUACAUCUUGUUAUAUCUAUAUAUGAGUUAUAUCGCAAGUGCCUGAGAAAUAUGUUAUUCAGUUUGAUGUACGCUUUAAUCACUUCAUCCUUCUCCAGGCAAUAAGGCACUCUGGAAAGUACAACAGAGUGAGGUACUUAGGGUAUGUUUACUAACAUAACAAUCUGUCUGCGAUUAUAUGAUGGUAAACUCCUUUGUGCCUGUAACUGAAGUUUUAUUACUUCAAGAAAAACAAAAAUGACAAUACAAAGUACAUAAGCCAUAGACUUUUGUCAGGUGCCUGACUAACUGCUGUGAUACAUUUGGGAUGUAAACCAUAGCUGCACAUUAUAAUGCAGAAUGUUUUGUAGGCUUUAGAUCUUUAAUUUGCACUGUUUGAGCGAAAUUAUUCUUUCCUGUCAUGCCCAGGGAAGGAGUUUAUGUGGGUUAUAAUUGCAAGGAAAGAACAUAUUGUCUUGGAAAUACAGGAGCACGUAGGAGCAAAGUGAAUGAAUGGCAGUGAUAUGUAUAAUUCACGGCUUAGUGACUGCCUUAGUUUAUACACACGCAAUGAUGUCAAUUUAGAGAUUGUAGCGGGUUAACCUUAUACAGUCAAUUCAAGUGGGAAAAAAUAAAAAGGAAUAAAAGGUGAUUAUAAAGUGGAUUACUGGUAAAGAUAUUUCAAAUUCAAACGUAGCUUCUCCAGCCAAUGUAUUACGUUUGUUUCUGUUGGCAACUAAGAUAAGACCGCCAUAAACACAAAAUGCAGCUUCUUUGGCAUCUCAUUCACAAACAGAUAAGACUGAACAGCAUUUUUUACCUAUCACUGCCUUUUAGCAAUUUUGGUUUUGCUCAGGCCAUUCAAGCAGGAAAUUAUUUAGAAAUACAUUUAUGUAUAAUGAUAUAAGUAUGGUUUAUCCUGCAAUAUAACUUUUCUUUCUCUGUAACAAAUCUUAGUUUAUGGAAUUGUUGAACUCUAAGGAAAAAAAGAAUAUGAUUUGGCAGCUAUUUUAUUGUGUACCUGUCAGGGCCUGAUUUUAAUUCUGGGUUCCUCAAAACAAGGCCACUUUUGUACCCCUGACAGUAGAGUUGGAAUCUCAAUAAAGAUUACAAGAGGUACAAAUGGUCGAUUCUAUUUUUCACGUUGGUUUGGGCAUAAAUAAAGUAGUUUGGUAAAAUUAACAAAUCUGGCUAUAUAUAUACAUAUAUGGCCCUUGACAUACAGGUUCCUUACUUGCAUUGUGUGCUCCUUUGUAAAUCCUACUCUAGUCAUCUGAAUAUUUUUUUAUCCUUCUGAUAAUUAAUUGGAUGACAAAGAGAAAUGAGGGAGAAUAGCUUGGUCAAUACAAUUUAAAUAUGUUUUCUUUUUCAGCUUUAGACCAAUGUAUAAUUCAAAGAUUAUACUGAUUGAAAACAUACUUAGAUAUCACUUAACUGGCUAAAAGUGUUUGCAAAAAUGUCCCCAAAUUUGUUAAUUAUUUGUAAUGCUCAUAUUAUGUAAAUAGUAGCGCAAUAAACUUGAUUUGAUAUAAUGUUAUUGCCAAAUAUGCAGAUUUGUUCAUAAACCCAUAUUGAAUAAAAUUCAUAUAGCUAUUAUUUACAUAAUUUGAUAAUAACAAGGCAACACUUUUUAAAAUGUAAAAAAAACCUACAUUUAUAUCAUGUUUAUGAUUGUAUAUUAUGCCGUGUUUUACUGAAAACCAUGAAGAAAGUUUGAAUUCAUUUCUUGACCAUACAAAAGAGCUAUAAUGUCUCCAGGACAUUGAAAUUUAGUGAUUUACAAAUAUUUUAAUAAAACC